UAAUGCUGCAAUAGCGUUAAUUAGAAGUGUAAGGUCACAGUGUUGUAAACACACUGAUCAGUGUUGGAUGUACCGUGUCUGGCAAAAGAUUAAAUACUAACUACAUGUACGUCUGGGGCCUGUAUCACAACAGCACACCAGAAACGGUAUGGGAAAGUCAAACCCCGAAAAUGGAGCGAAUGAAAAAACUCCGAUCAUGGCUCCCAAUCAGAACAAAUCUGUGCAGGAGAUUGACGAAGCUCAAGAGCCACAUGUCACCGGAGGACUGACGAUAUUCACAGCCGCGGUGUUCAUGGUGGGGGAAAUGGCUGGAUCUGGGGUACUGGCUCUUCCACAGUCAUUGGACCAAGCAGGCUGGAUCGGUAUGUUGCUGAUUGUGGGAUGCUGCGUCCUUUCCGCUUACACUGGCAAAGUUUUAGGAUCAGCCUGGAUUCUAGUGCAGGAAAGAUAUCCACAAUAUCAAGGUCACGUGAGAUAUCCAUACCCAGCCAUUGGUCAAGUGACGUAUGGCAAGCCAGGAAGGUAUCUGGUGUCAUUUUCCAUCAACUUUACUCUGUUUGGUGUGUCCACGGUGUUUCUUCUUCUAGCUGCCGAAAACAUUCAGGCUCUGAUCAAAGAUGUCGGUCACGACAUAUCGUUCUGUUAUUGGCUCCUCCUGAUAGCCACCAUACUGCUUCCGGUCACAUGGUUGGGAACGCCCAAGGAUUUCUGGUUUAUAGCAAUUGGAGCAACAGCUGCCACGUCAGUAGCCUGUGUCGUGUUGUUUUCAAACAUGAUCUAUGACGGAACUCAUCGGAAAGACGCCGGACCAGUGAGACAUUCCUCUUCGUCAUUCAUAGAUUUCUUCAUGGCCUUUGGUACGAUUUGCUUCGCGUUUGGUGGACACCCUGCGUUUCCUACCUUCCAAACAGACAUGAAGAAGCAGAAAAACUUUGGGCGCGCUGUCCUUUUAGCUUAUUUAAUUGUGUUGGCGAUGUACCUGCCUGUCUCCGUGGCAGGUUACUUUGUGUACGGUAGUGACGUCAAGGCUAACAUCCUGCUCACAGUGUCGCACGGCCCCAUGUUGUACAUCGUCCAGAUCCUCAUCACAGCUCAUCUCCUCUUCGGAUUUGUCAUCGUCAUAAACCCGUUCUGUCAAGAGAUGGAAGAAGUACUAAACGUUCCAAAAAAAUUUAACUGGAAGAGGUGUGUGGUGCGGACCGCCAUGAUGGCUCUGGUGGUUUUUGUUGCGGAGACAAUCCCGAGAUUCGGCGGUAUCCUGGCUCUAGUCGGUGGCUCGACCACCACGCUGCUGGCUUACGUGCUUCCGUCAUUAUUCUACCUGAAAUUAUGCUCAAUGAAGGGAGAUUGGGAGGAGGUACAUGUGCCCUUACAUAUGAAGGUAAUGAACUACGAGAUCCUGAUGGUAGGCGUUGUCGCCGGGAUAGCGUCCACCUACUCCGCCAUCACAGACUUAUCUGCACCUGGUUCGUUUACGCUACCAUGCUAUAUAAAUAUGACAUCAGCAGAAGGCCAUUGAUAAGCGUUCUCUUGAUACUUUUUACUAUAGCAGCAACGAUAUUUUGCGUGCAUGUGAUAGGAAGAUUGUCAAGCGUGGACUCGUCAAAACCUCGUGCUUCUUCGAUCAUAUUUGGUGUUUCAGUUGUUAUUGUUACGGAAUUACUCUAGCUUCUCCGUUGCUUACCUUUUUUUCUCUCAUCCCUUCCUUGUUUAUGGAUAUUCAGUCCGAAAUAGAAAUAUAUAAUUAUUAUUAUAUCAUUAAUUUAUUGAAAAGCUACGAUUUGAUAUCAACAAGUCUUUCUAUCUACUACCAUAUGCCAAUCAUUUGUGUAAGAAGCUAUAAUUGUGAUAUGCGAUAUGCAGUAAGAUGUAUGAUAAGCAAUGCGAUAUGCAGUAAGAUAUAUGAUAAGCAAUGCGAUAUGCAGUAAGAUAUAUGAUAAGCAAAGCGAUAUGCAGUAGGAUGUAUGAUAAGCAAUGCGAUAUGCAGUAGGAUGUAUGAUAAGCAAUGCGAUAUGCAGUAGGAU